CUCGCAGGGCGGGACCCGAGCGCGACCGCGCGGCCGGCGGACCUGGGCUGGCUUGUGGGGAAACGAAACUGAGGGAGGAGGUGGAGGCUCUGGCUGUGGCAGGUCCAGGCCCGGCGGCGGCGGCGAUACGUCGGCCUGAUCCCCGCUCUCCGCUCCCUGGCAGCUCGCCCUCUCCCCUCUGCUAACAAUGAAGAGAACUCUCCCAGAAUGCAAUGCCCCCAUCAAGAAACAGAAAAAAAGAGUUGCAGAGCUUGCCCUGAACCUCAGCUCUACAUCAGACGAUGAACCUCCCUCCUCUGUCAAUCAUGCAGCAAAAGCAUCUUCUACAAGCCUAAGUGAGUCUGACAGUGAGACAGAGGGGAAGCCGCGUAGCUCUCACUGUUUUGAUGAUGCAUUCAAAGCAGACUCUCUGGUGGAGGGAACAUCUUCUCGUUACUCCAUGUAUAACAGUGUCUCCCAAAAGCUUAUGGCCAAAAUGGGCUUCAAGGAAGGUGAAGGAUUGGGAAAAUACAGCCAAGGUCGGAAGGACAUUGUUGAGGCUUCUAAUCAGAAAGGUCGAAGAGGCUUGGGUCUGACCCUGAGGGGCUUUGAUCAGGAGCUGAAUGUGGACUGGCGAGACGAACCAGAGCCCAGUGCCUGUGAGCAGGUGUCAUGGUUCCCUGAGUGCACCACUGAAAUUCCUGAUACUCAAGAAAUGAGUGAUUGGAUGGUUGUGGGAAAGAGAAAGAUGAUUAUUGAAGACGAAACAGAGUUUUGUGGAGAAGAGCUGCUUCACAGUAUGUUGCAGUGUAAGAGUGUGUUUGAUGUCCUGGAUGGGGAGGAGAUGCGGCGAGCUCGGACCCGGGCCAAUCCCUACGAGAUGAUCCGAGGAGUCUUCUUCCUUAACAGGGCAGCGAUGAAGAUGGCUAACAUGGAUUUUGUGUUUGAUCACAUGUUUACAAAUCCCCGGGACUCUUAUGGGAAGCCACUGGUGAAGGAUCGGGAAGCCGAGCUUCUGUACUUUGCUGACGUCUGUGCAGGCCCAGGUGGCUUCUCAGAGUAUGUGCUGUGGAGGAAGAAGUGGCAUGCAAAGGGCUUUGGGAUGACACUGAAGGGCCCUAACGACUUCAAGCUGGAGGACUUCUACUCAGCCUCCAGUGAGCUCUUCGAGCCCUACUAUGGUGAGGGUGGGAUUGAUGGAGAUGGAGAUAUCACCCGCCCAGAGAACAUCAGUGCUUUUCGGAAUUUUGUCCUGGAUAACACAGAUCGCAAGGGUGUGCACUUUCUGAUGGCUGAUGGGGGUUUCUCAGUGGAAGGGCAAGAGAACCUGCAGGAGAUCCUCAGCAAGCAACUGCUGCUGUGUCAGUUCCUCAUGGCACUGUCUGUUGUCCGGACAGGAGGCCACUUUAUUUGCAAAACCUUUGACCUCUUCACACCAUUCAGUGUGGGACUCAUUUACCUGCUCUACUGCUGCUUUGAACGAGUGUGUCUCUUCAAACCCAUUACCAGCCGUCCUGCCAACUCAGAGCGGUAUGUUGUGUGCAAGGGCCUGAAAGUGGGCAUAGAUGAAGUGCGGGAUUACCUCUUCUCGGUGAAUAUUAAACUCAACCAGCUGCAGAACACUGAUUCUGAUGUCAACCUUGUGGUCCCUUUGACGGUGAUCAAGGGAGACCAUGAAUUUACUGACUACAUGAUCCGGUCUAAUGAGAGUCACUGUAGUCUGCAGAUCAAAGCUCUGGCCAAAAUCCAUGCCUUCGUUCAAGACACGACCCUGAGUGAGCCUCGACAGGCAGAGAUCCGAAAAGAUUGCCUCCGACUCUGGGGGAUCCCUGACCAGGCUAGAGUUGCUCCAUCUUCCUCAGACCCGAAAUCUAAGUUCUUCGAGCUAAUCCAGGGCACUGAGAUCGACAUCUUCAGCUACAAGCCCAUGCUGCUUACCUCCAAAACCCUGGAGAAAAUCCGCCCUGUGCUCGACUACCGCUGCAUGGUGUCUGGCAGCCAGCAGAAGUUCCUCCUCGGCCUGGGAAAGUCCCAGAUCUACACGUGGGAUGGCCGCCAGUCAGACCGCUGGGUCAAGCUGGACCUGAAGACAGAGCUACCCCGGGAUACUCUGCUUUCUGUUGAAAUUGUGCAUGAGCUCAAAGGAGAGGGGAAGGCCCAGCGGAAGAUUAGUGCCAUCCACAUCCUUGAUGUCCUUGUGCUGAACGGCAGCGAUGUUCGGGAACAGCACUUCAAUCAGCGAAUUAAGCUUGCUGAGAAAUUUGUGAAGGCAGUUUCCAAGCCCAGUCGGCCUGACAUGAACCCCAUCAGAGUGAAGGAGGUGUACAGGCUGGAGGACAUGGAGAAGAUUUUCCUCAGGUUAGAAAUGAAGAUCAUCAAGGGAUCCAGUGGCACUCCAAAGCUCAGCUACACAGGGCGAGAUGACAGGCACUUUGUGCCCACAGGCCUGUACAUCGUCAGGACUGUGAAUGAGCCGUGGACUAUGGCAUGCAGCAAAAACUUCAAGAGGAAAUUCUUCUACAACAAGAAAACCAGGAACUCCACCUAUGAUCUUCCUGCAGAUGCCAUCGCCCCAUUUCACAUCUGCUACUAUGGCCGACUCUUCUGGGAGUGGGGGGAUGGCAUCCGUGUGCAUGACUCCCAGAAGCCCCAGGACCCAGACAAGCUGUCCAAGGAGGACGUCCUUUCCUUCAUCCAGAUGCAUAGCGCCUGAGGGCCUUGGGGUGUUCCACCCCUGCUGAAUGCCCUGUCAUUCCCCACAACGGGGCACUCUGCACCCUGCUGAAUGCCCUGUCAUUCCCCACAACGGGGCACUCUGCACUUGGGGCUCCCAGCACUGGUUCCUUCUGCCUCUUGAAAGGGGACUGGGGGGAGCUAAGCCUGGCCUUGGGAGCAAAUGGCCGCCUCUCUCUGAGGAGCUCAGUCAGGGCCUUCAGAGGACACAUGUUCCUUCUGGAACACCAUCUGCCUGGGAAUUGUUUCCCCUACCAGGACUCAGCCUGAAGGAAGCUGCUCCUGAGGCAGGUUUGUGGUCAGUGCCCAGGGCACGUGGGCUGGUGGAGGACGUGUUAGAGAGUAGCAGGCUUUGGGUUCUGCCGUUCUCUCCAGAGUCCUGUAGACUCAUUUUUCUGAGUUCCAUGCACUGCCUCUGAGGGUGGCCAGGCCCCUGCUUUGCCCAACUUUUAUUAGGCCAAUCCUGGGUGGGUGAUGGCCCACUGUCACGAGCUGGCCAGGAGCAGCUGUUGUACAAAUCAAAGUUUUGUUUCUUUGAACUUGCUCUGUUUUGAUGCCAAGUUGGAAGACUUUUUCAUCUCUUCCCCACACCCAUCCUGGCAUUCUUCCCAGCCCAGACCUCUGAUAGUCCCGGCAGGCCGGGAAGGAAGAGAGUGGGUCCGACGUCACUGACACCAUAUUGAGAUGCAGGCUGUGCUGUCUUUGGGACUGGUGUGACUGCCUCCUGGGGUUAAGAGAGGCUUCCUGGGCCACCCGUUUUGAUCCAAAUGUUGGGCAACUCAGAGGGCUGGAAGUAGCCUUGAAAACCUGCCUUUGCCUCUCCCCCAGUAGCAGUGGCCCCACCAGUAUAAGGUACCUCUAGGGUCAGUACAGCACCAGCCCUGUGGCAGUCGCACACUGCCUGUGCCCUAGCCACCCUAGGGUCUUGGCAGAGUUUUGAGCUGGAGGUAGCCAUCCUUUCCUUUGUUUUUCCUCUCCAUCUGGAGGUACAGUCUGCUUUUGUCUGUCUGUGGUCACUCCAUUUCCUCUAUCUUGGCAGAGGGAGGAGGGGAAGCUGGGCAGCAGCUUUGGGUGGGGGAGGGCAUCUGUGGUUGUUUUUUAAUGGGAAAUACCUCUCAGAGAUGUUCAUGCAGGCUCCCUAGGGCCCCAUCCCAGUGCCAGGCUGGUUUCCAUGGAGAUAGGGCACUGAGGCUCCCGGCAGGUUGGAAUUGACUCCACCAUGGGGGUCCUUCAGCCAGCAUCCAGCCUCCCACCCCCUAAGCUGGCGGCAACACCGCUGAGAUGCUGUAUUUCCACCCAAUUCUGGGUAUAUCAGUGUGUCUUGCAGAAUCUUGGAUCAUUAAAGAUAAACAUAUUUUUAA